AUGAGUGGUCAUGUUUAUAAGCCUGUUGUACCCACGGAUGAGGAUGAAGACGAAGAUCCAGUUAUUAAAAUGAUUAAACAUACAGGCUGCUUGGAUGAACACAAUGCUAUUAUGGAGUGUAUGUUUGAACACAAGGAUUGGCGCAAGUGUCAGGAUAAAGUAAAGCUGUUCCGAGACUAUCUAUCUUUGCAUGUAAAGAAACAUCAACUUUGUAUUGAUCACUUCAACCUGAAGUUAAAGGCAGAAAAUCUAGUGCUCUCUAACAAAUUUACUGUCUACCUUUUUCCCAAUUUCCAAACCUCCUUUUUUCUAAUUGCCUGA